CCUCCUUUUAAUUGCAUAAAGAUCGAGAUUUCCAUCAUUAUUCCCUGCAAAUAGACACUAUGUAGUUGGCUAGCGUUUACCAGCAGGGGUAAAAAUACGACUAAACGGUAGAUUCAUGCCGAAUUAGUGUAGUAGUGUCUGUGGAUCUCCGUGAAAAGAGACGUUCAUAUCACUUCUAGCGCUGGUAGCUGGGGGCAAAUCCUCACCUUCAACGCAGCUGGCUACCUAGGUGAAUUGACGAUGGUGGUUACCGAUAAAUCUAGACCUGAUUUCUUUACCAGCGAUGAGGGGAGAGGUUUAGCCAUUCCGAGGUGAGGCAGAAGGACGCCCUCAAUUCCUGAUAUUUACUCCAGCAAGGUUAGAUCGGAGGCGCGAUGCUGCGUUUUGGCUUGUUUCAACUUUUAGCCACGUGCGCAUCAGCAGCUUAUGUGCAAUGGAAGCAUUGUAACGACUACCAAUCCGACGCGGACGGCUUUGUACCAGAGACGCUGUCAGCUGGACUGGACCAUUUCAACGACACCCAUGACCGGUUUUCCCUUAAAGUUGGCGGCAGAACCGAAAGUGGCAAAUGCAGUCGGCAGGCGACUGAGAUAUCGAGUUUCGGAAUCCAACUUGAUUCAUUAGGUCGAUCUUCUUCCUACAAUUCAAAUAUUAGUGCAACCUGUCGCGAAUUUCGUCCGGGAAGUGAUAUUUCCGCCUUGUAUUUUACACCGGCGGAUGACAUAGAACUUCCAGCAUUCUACUCUCUUUCCACCUUCCAUAUCACUCUUCGCCUUGUCAGUUCCGAUGCGGAAGAAAAAGCUUGCCUAGAGGCCAAUCUCACCCCUGUGAUCAGCUCCGAUAUACAGGCAACUUUGCGUUAUGCACCGUUAAGCAUUCUUUUCCUGGUCCUGCUCAUAGGCAUCGCGCGGACCGUUACCAGCAACGAUCCCAUGUCGAAAGACAAAGCGGCACCACAAGCCAUGCUUCCCGGCUUUGCUGAUUGCCUUCAGUAUUUGCAAUUCAUAUUCUUUACGGGAAGCCUGAGUCUCUUCUAUCCAGGCUUCUACCAGCCCGCCGUAAGUGGGUUGGGCUGGUUAUCACUCUUCUCUGACGGAAUAGUCACUCAUGGGUACACCUACCCUAGAAUUAAUGACGGACUUUACGAGAUUAAUGGGACAUUUGGUGGGACCUAUGGUUUAGAAAUAAUGACGCAGAUUGUCGGCGCUCCGAUGACCAUGGAUACGUGGUUGAACAUGGUUAUCCUCAUCGCAGGUAUAACAAUUAUGUCGGCUUUAGGCCUAUGGGCGUACUCGCAUCGGAAGCGACCUGUUCGUUCAAAUCCUGGAUCCGACACGGAUAGCGACCUGCGCCUUACCUUUAACCGGACACUCCGUUUUGUUUUAUCUUACUUCAUGCUGCCGCUCGUAGCGCUGUCAUUCUACCAACUUGACAACGUGGCCUGGUUACCCCUGUACCACAUCUCACUCGCCAUUUUUCUCAUAGCUACCAUCCUAGCUGCGUUUAUUUGGCUCCUUACGUCGAUACCGACGCGCAGUCUAGGCGUCUUGAUCUUCGACAAUCCUAGGCGAUAUCGUCAGGUAUCCCCAGAGUCAGGGAGUCGACACCAAACUUUUGUUCUUGCGCUUUUCCUGCUGUGCUUCAUCCGAGGUGUAGCGAUCGGCGGACUUCAGAUCUCGGGAGGGGCACAGCUGGCGGUCUUAGGAGCCUGUGAACUAAUACUCCUAGCUUGUAUAAUGCAGUUCCAGGCGUACAGCAUACUUUCCAUAGGGACCAUAUCAGCCGCUGUGCGAUUGGGAAGCUUAAUGUGUAUGGUGGCAUUCGUGCGCGGCGUCGCGUCAAACAACGCUAGGAGUGCUGUUGGGUACCUCAUCUUGACGCUUCAUGCGUCUAUGCUCGUCCUUGGAUUCUUCGUUCCAGCGGUGGUACAACUCGCAAAAUUAUGUGCCUCUUGGUGGAUCACCCCUGGCCCCGAUGUCUACAGCCUCCGUCAGCUCCGUAGGCGGGAAGCUUCCAGGAAUCAUUUGCCAGAGCGUACGCAUCCGUCCCAUGCUUGGGUCGAUUCAAGCAUCGAUCAAGGAAGCCCUAUACAACUAGGGCCAAUACAUGGUUGCUCAAAUAGUACGAAUGCGCUCCAUGCUGAUUCCCCCUCAAUCUCAGGCCACGACUAUUAUCGUCCACCGAGGCAUUCCCGGAUAUCGCCAUCUCAUUCAGUGGAUCGCGAGCAUCGGAAUGUUCCCCAAGAAAUAGUAGUCUCGCAUGAUCCAUCAACAGAUGAUGACUCAGGCGGAUGCUCAUCACGUGAGACCGGCUCUUCAAGUUCGGUUCAAUCAACCACGAUGUCUCCAGAGACACUCGCCAGCACGACCGAGACAACGGCGUCGUUGCAUCCGCGGUGGGCAGACUACUCCUUUCGAGAGUCAGAUCUCUUCUACGGAGCGUCAAGGCCAACGUUAGCGGAAAUACCGUCGGGUUCAGCUGAGACACCCGCGCCCUCGGAAUCGCGGCGUCAGAUACCUUCUUUAUCUGUAUUUAGUAUAUGGCGCAAAAUCUUUAGGCAACGGGCGAAGACGGAACGAGGCUUUUCGGUCGUUCGGCCGCCCAGACCUUCAAACUUUCCACCUACGUAGAACCAAUAAUCGUAAUUGAUUCCGUAUGUUUCGGUUAAAAUUAAACGGUGAAUUUGGAGUAUUGAAUUAUUCAUGUAAGGUUAAAGUUGUAAGAAAGUUCCGGCACCUGGAAGAUUUGUGGUAUAUUUUUUAAGUACAUGCCCUGUAUUGAAGGCUGAAUGCAGUCGUGUACUCUGACGUUAUGUUUCUAAAACCUACGCCCCCAACAGCGGCUUCGAUGGAAAAUAACGCCAAUUCAAGAAUCGUAAGAGACUAACUCAGACGCC